UUGACAAAAGUUAGGGUUCAAUUACCUCAAGACGCAAGCGCGUCUUUGUCGACGGCCUUUUAUUGCUACCCAUCAUCAUUGUUCACGAUCAACACUAAAGCCGUGAGGCAAGCGCCAAUGACAGUGGUGGCGGUUCGCAGGCUAUAUCGAUUAUUCGUUAAUUUAUUCAUACUACUGCUGAGAGCAGACGACGACGACGACGACGACGCCGCACUGGCCACUGCCUGUCGGUCGAUUCGGACCUCGCUCGUUCGACCACAACACGCGAGCAGCCACGUUUAUAUGCCGCGCUAUAGUCGAUCAGAAACCAUCGUCCUGGCGGCCGUCGUCGUCGAGUCAUGCCGCUCGCAUGAUUCCCAUCGAGAACCGCCGCCGCCGAUUUGUCGCGGAUUUUCAUCCCGUCCCAUAUGUCGGACGUCGUAGAAGCCGAGAAGCGGCUGAAAAUCGUGCUCGUGGGUGACUCCGGUGCUGGCAAAACUAGCAUCGUCCAGAAGUUUUGCAACAACGAUUUUACCAGACAGUACGUGCCCACCUCGGGCAUCGACUUCUUCCUGAAGAACAUUACUAUUGGUUGUUACAAAAAUGUCAAUUUACAUUUGUGGGACGUGGGCGGGCUCGCAUUGCACGGCAACAUGUUGGACAAAUACGUUUUCGGAGCGCACAUUAUUCUUUUGGUGUACGACGUCACGAACAGCUCGAGUUUUGAGAUUUUAGAAGAAUGGCUUAGUCAGAUCAAGAAUUUUAUCGACGCUUAUGACGAACCGCCUUUGAUAGCGAUUGUGGGUAACAAAUGCGAUAUGGAACAUCAGAGAACGGUCAAGAGGGACAGGUCGCAUCGAUUCGCCGCGGAAAAUGGAUUUCCGUGUUACGACAUGUCGGCGAGAACGGGUGAAUCGGUGUCUCUGUCUAUAGCAACCCUAGUGGCACAGAUCCUGGGUGUCCGAUUGACGAGAACGGACCAGGACUUUCACAAGCCCAUUAUUAUCGCCGAAAUCGGUGAUACGGUAGACAUAAAUUCGAUACACAAGGUCGUGAAAAGAAUUCCGAAUAAGAAGCAACAUCCGAUCGCAUUUCAUUCUCACUUUCCUGCUUCGAAAUCCGCGGUGUGCGCGUUGCAAUAAUCAUUUCCCGCUCUUUUCACAACACACUUUUUAUUACAAAUGUAAAAACAACGAUAAUAUUAUUACAUGUAAUUGAGUUUUAUCAAACGUAAAAAUUCAACAAGAAUUAUACCGCGAUAUGCAAUAAUAGAUAAUAAAAAAUUUUCAUACACGAUGUCGGACAAUAUUUAGAUACUACAUUGAAAUGUAUUACGUGCGACACACAAAGUACAAUAUUUAAACAAUUCAUUUUGUACGUGUGCAUAAACUGUACUGAAAAUUUAUAUAUAUACACACAAUAUAUAAAUAAAAAUAAAAAUCAUAUUUGUAUAGAGUGGGACCAACAAUCUUCUUUUGUGUAGAUUUAAGAACAGAUUUUUAUUGAUCACAUUUUCCUAAUCGUAGCAAUAUAUUGUUAUACAUACAACAUAGAUUUAUAUUAAUUGCAUAAAGCCAAAAAACGUGUAUCUAGGAGCAUCGCGUCGACGUAAUAAACCAACAUACAUAUAUCUAUAUUUAUUGUAUAUUUAUACAACAAUGUAUCGAUAGUUAUAAAAUAAGUAUAUAUUAUGUCAUGUCAUGUUUUUUAGGAAAAUCUAAUCACUUUCCUCGAGAGAGAAAAGAAUGUGUACAAACACAUUGCGUGUUAUAAUAUUUCAUUUUAUGUCUUAUAUUGAUGUAAAGCAGCCAAUCAUCCGCUUAUGCAUGUAUAUGGCACAAAACGUUAUUCACUUAGGCUAAACUUGCCGAACACAAUUUAAAUUAGAUAUAUGAAAAUUAAUAUAUGUAUAUAUAAUAUAUAUAUAUAUAUAUAGUAAUUUUUUU